UUGUAGACAGUUGAUCUGAUUAUUUUUUUGAGUGGACUUGAUUAGAUAGAGCGUAUUUCAUAUUCAAUGGCUCUGCUGGACUUGUGCAAUUUCCAGGACAUCUUUCUGGACAGUAAAACCACCGGAUGUUCUUCAGUGCAUUUUUGGAAAAAAAAUGGUUUUAACUAUGUGACCGAUUUGCCCUUCAGCAACAGAACAAGUAUGUUUAACUUUUACGUACCAGCUGCAGAGUACCUGGAUGAAAGUCCGAUACAGUUUGGGCAAAUUAGCACUAUCCAGAGCUCCAGCGGUAUCUUAUCUCAAGACUCCAUCUUCUCAUCGCUCUCGUGGCCCACAGACCUUCCUCUUACCUCCUCUCAGUCUGUCCCGCUGCCUUUUCCUAUGUCUCACGGCACCACCACCCUGGCUUUCACGUUCCAGGGCGGUGUCUUGGCUGCUGCGGACACUCGUUCCAGCUGCUCUGGACUCGUGGCGUGCCCGGCCGCCCAGAAGAUCCUGCCCAUUCACAGUCACUUGGUGGGCACGACUUCAGGUACUUCAGCCGACUGCGCCCUUUGGAAACGGAUUCUGUCCCGAGAACUGAGGCUCUACCAACUCCGCCACGGCCGACGGUUGUCCACAAGCGGGGCUGCCAAAUUGCUUUCUCACAUGCUUCACCCAUUCAAGGGAACUGAGCUGUGUGUGGCUGCAACGCUGUGUGGGUGGGAUGGAGGAGAGGUCGAUGCAUGCCAUGACCACAGAGGUGCCAAGACUGAUCUCAGUGGUUGUAGAGAAACCAGUCAAAUGACUGAUCCUGGAAAAUGUGUAGAUGACAGUCUUGAAAACGUCUCUCUGGCUAAGACAAAGCAAAAGAAAGUGAGUUUCUCUGGACCCAGUCUGUUCUACGUGUGCAGUGAUGGCACUCGCCUGCAGGGAACGCUCUUCUCCGUGGGCUCGGGAUCACCCUACGCCUACUCAAUUUUGGACCAAGGGGUUCAAUGGGGACUGACAGUGGACGAGGCCACGUCAAUAGCCAGAGAGGCUGUGUACCGAGCCACACACAGGGACGCAUACUCAGGCAACUGUGUAGACAUCUAUCACAUCUCCUCAAAAGGAUGGACUCGCAGGAGCAGGGAGGAUUUAAAAGAGGAAUAUUACAGAGAGAAAGAAAGACAAGAGAGAAGGCAGAGACGGGACGUGACUUUGUCUGAGUAAAGACUUGAAACAAACAAAAAUGGCAUGAGAAAAGAAAGGCAAACAUCGGGGAGUGUUUUGGAGAGACAUGAUGGCAUCUUUGCAGCAGAUACUGAAUU